AUGUCGCCCGCGACGAGCGCCAACGGCGCAGAUCAAAUGGCCUCGCUCGUAGCGCAGAUGGAGGCAGACCGCAACCUCCUCGCUCAGCGCAUCCUUGGCAAGUUUUCAUCUUCCUCCAUCGGAUCAGGCAACACAAGCGACGAGAAAAAUGCUGGAGGCCAUACCGCUCCUCAAAAGCGAGAUCAGCCGAAGCAACGCAAGCUGAGGCCUGCGAAUCUCGGGGUCGGCGCACAGAUUCCUGCCUCCGAUUCAGGCGUGGGGACAUCAUCCGCAGGUUCGCUGCUCCAAGAUGUACGACUCAAAGGUCGACUCACUUCCAAGCGCAAGCGAAGCGGUGAUGAGCUCUUAGCUGCCGAUGGCCGUCGAAAAUUCGACCCUCUCGAUGGAAAAGGAGGCACCAGGACCGAAGUCGAAGAAGACGAUGAUGAUGAUGACGUAUCCCGAAGCAAAGCUGCUGAUGCGAAUGAGGCAGCUUCCAAAAGGCUUAAACUCAAAAGCAAGGAUGUUUUUGCCACCGCUGCCGCUAAGGCUUCAAAGCAGUCAGACCCCGCGUCUGCUGCCAAGAAGCCCUGCUUAAACGGCACGACCGCGGAAGCAGACAGCACAGAAAAAAACAACGGGGCGUCACCCUUGUUUGAUGGUCCUGACCUGAGUGCAUUUAGUAAAAGCCAGCGCAAGAAGCUUCGGAGAAAGAUGCAAGCCAAACAAGCAGCUGAAGUGGCGCAGAGUAAUGAACACGAUACAGAUUUGUCAGAUCGACAAAGCCUAGGGACAGCGGCAACAACCCCACACUACCAGGCCCAUCUCGGUAUGCCUGAAGACAUUGCAACUUCGUCUCUAACACCGUUGCAAACAAGCAUGUCUGCCUCUCUCUCCGGGGCGCGCUUCCGUUCGAUCAAUGAAAAGCUUUACACAUCCGAUUCACGAGCAGCAUUACAGAUGAUGCUCAAAAACCCAGAGAUGAUGCGCGAAUAUCACGACGGUUUCGCAAGCCAGACUCACAAGUGGCCCGUCAAUCCUGUGGUGCAAAUUGCGGGUCGGCUGCGUGCGAUCACACACGGGCAACCAGGGGCGAAGGACAAAAGGUCGGCAGGGGGAAAGCUCUAUGAGCAGGCGCGUACCAGCAGCAGUGUAGCAGCGCCGAUACUCGUGGUGGACCUCGGAGCUGGUACGGCGCCACUGGCAAAAGCAAUGCAGGAGACGCCUCAGGUUACAGUGCUAAGCUACGACCUGCUUGACAGCCCCGAUGGUUGGGUCACAGGCUGCGACAUCGGCACCCGCGUGCCGCUUCCUGGAAGGCCGGGGGUCUUGUUGGCCCGAGUCGAGAGAAUCCUCGCUGAUGCACAAAGUGGAUGGAAGGGAGACAAAAAUGCGCAUGCAAAGUUGCUGGCGCAAGAAAUGCACAGGGGACCCGAAGUAGCGGAUGUCGCAGUGUUCAGUUUGAGCUUGAUGGGCACCAAUUGGGUGGAUAUGAUCAUUGAAGCAAGACGGAUAUUAAAAACCAACGCACGUCUGAUUAUCGCAGAGGUCACUAGCCGUAUUACGGACCGUGACGCAUUUGUCGCUAUCAUCGAAGCGCUAGGUUUCAAAUGCGAUACACACGACACCAGAUCUUCCUAUUUUUGGCUGUUCGAAUUCUGCAAAGCGGAAACCGUCCCAGAAGAGUAUAGUAACCUCAGCAAAAGCGAGCGCAACGAGCGUAUAAAGAAGCAGAUGGAAGAGGAGAAGCAGCUAGUAACUGAAGGUGCCUCCGUAUUGAAGGCUUGCUUGUACAAAAAGCGGUAA